GGCUUCAUAAACUCUACAUUGAGCUUUGAAUACUCGAGCUGAGAGUCUUCUGACUCCUGAAUGACAUGUAGUAGAGUUGUAAAUCACUAAAAUAUACAGCCUCUUCUGAGCAAGGAUUUUGAGCCGAGUCAUAAAGAUAGGGGCUGGACUUUGACUCAAGAGUCACCAUAUAAAGUAGAGAACAGGGAAAAGGAGGUCAUUUUAACUAACAGAGGAAAGAAAGAACGACGCCAUGGCCAUGUGGAGGACAGCGGGAGCUCUGCUGCUAAUACUACAUACUGUGUUUGGCCAGAGUACCAUUAGAUGGUGCACCAUCUCAGAUGCAGAGCGGAGUAAAUGUUCGGCCAUGUCGGAGGCUUACGCCAAAUUCUCCAUCCGUCCGUCCCUCAGCUGUGUCAACGGAGUGACAGUCGAGGACUGCGUUCAGAAGCUAGAGAAAAAAGAAGCAGAUGCCUUGUCCAUGUUCGGCUCUGACAUCCACAAUCUGAGGAAGACUGCUUCCUUCAAGAUAGCUGCCAGUGAAUCCAAAAUUGAUGGUACCGGUGCCUCCUACUACGCAGUGGCUGUGGUGAAGAAAGCAAAUUAUGAGAUCAACAUCAACAACCUGGCAGGGAAAAAGAGCUGCCACACCGGGAAAGGCCGAACGGCCGGCUGGAAUAUGCCUUUAGGAUACCUCAUAGACCAGGGCUACAUGUCUGUGAUGGGCUGCAACAUCCCUCAGGGUGUGGCAAAUUUCUUCAAUGCUAGCUGUAUCCCCGGAGCGAACCAGGAGGGUGACCCUGCAUCUCUGUGUCAGCUGUGCAUAGGAGAUAAUAAAGGACAGCACAAAUGUGAGAUGAGCGUCAAAGAGUUAUACUUCAGCUACGAAGGAGCUUUCAGGUGUCUGGCUGAAGGUGCAGGAGAGGUGGCCUUCAUCAAACACACAACUGUCGGGGACAACACUGAUGGUCUUGGUCCAGCGUGGGCAAAACCAUACUUGUCAUCGAACUAUGAGUUGUUGUGUCGUGACGGCACCAGAGCUCCGGUCUCUAAGUGGAGAACAUGCCAUCUGGUCCGCGUACCAUUCCGUGGGAUUGUUGUCAACAAUGACAUUACUCCCUCUGUGGUGUUAAACAUGCUGACGGAGGGCCUGGAAAAAACAGACUUCGCCAUGUUUUCGUCUUCGGAUUAUGGAGGAGGAACUGUACUUUUCUCUGAGUCAUCCACCAUGUUUCAGAGGGUCGAGUCAGACGACCCCGAGAAGUGGAUGGGUCGCUUCUAUAAUAGUGCUCUGAACGCCAUGGACUGUAAACCUGAAGGUGUCCUGCGUUGGUGUGUGUUGUCCAGCGGUGAGCAGCAGAAGUGUGCUGACAUGAGCGUGGCCUUCCAAAGUAAAGGUCUGACUCCACAAAUCGUUUGUGUCUACGGGGACUCUGUGACCGACUGCAUGAAGAGAAUCAAGAAUAAUGAAGCCGAUGCCAUCACUCUGGAUGGAGGUUACAUCUACACAGCAGGCAAAGAGUACGGCUUGGUCCCUGCGACCGCCGAGAGCUACACAGAGGACCGCGAUGGUUCCAUGUACUAUGCAGUCGCGGUGGUGAAAAAGAGUAGCAUUGACAUCCAUAACCUUGACAACCUGCGAGGCCGUAGGUCCUGUCACACCGGAUACGGUCGCACGGCUGGCUGGAACGUUCCCGUAGCAACGCUGAUGGACAGAGGCCUGAUCGCACCUCAGCAAUGUCAGAUACCCCAAGCGGUGGGAGGGUUCUUCAAGCAGAGCUGCGUACCAGGUGCCAACCAGCCCGGUUUACCCAGCAACCUGUGUGAUCUGUGUGUGGGCGACAGCUCAGGACAGAACAAAUGUGAGAAGGGAAAAGACCUGUAUGAUGGAUACAACGGUGCCUUCAGGUGUCUGGCAAAGGGAGAUGGAGAUGUGGCUUUUGUCAAACAUUCUACUGUCUUCCAAAACACCGAUGGUAACUCUGGAGAAUCGUGGGCAACGCAUCUCCUGUCUACAGACUUCCAGCUGCUCUGUUCUCAGGGCACUAAAGCCGAGGUCUCUCAGUACAGACACUGCAACCUGGCCAGAGUCCCCUCCCAUGCUGUAAUGGUACGGGCCGACACUAACAUCCACGCUGUCUAUGGACUCCUAGACCGUGCACAGACAUAUUUCGGCAGUGAUACAGGUCCUGGUUUCAAGAUGUUUGACUCGCAGAAAUACAAGGGCACAGAUCUUGUCUUCAAAGACUCCACUAUUCGCCUCGUGGGCGUUGGUGACAGAAAGACGUACCAGGAGUGGCUGGGCCAGGGCUACAUGGAGUCACUGGUCAACAUGGAGUGUAACUCAUCCAGUGCAGUGACGUCUUCUGUAUGUCUGCUGCUGAUAGCCCUGUUCAGCGUCAUGCUGACUAACCUCUGGAUGUAAUGUGACACAGGCAUCCAGCAUAUUCUCCUUUCCUCUCCCAUUUUCUCUAUUCCUCAACCCUCACCACUUUAUAUUUCCUUUUUCCCUUCCUGUGUCUUAACCCUCUCCAUGUCUGUAAUGUCUGCCUCUUUCGUCCAUUUUGCAUCCUCUUUUCUCACAGAAACUUUCAGAUUCGCCCAUCAUAGCCUUAGUCUGGUCGAGUUUAUCCUACUUUUCCGGAGACCUUUCUAUCCCUGAAUCUGUCUUUUAUCUUAAAAUUGCAUAAUUUCUACAUAAUUGUGUGUUAUUUUAAUAUACGAGAGUAUGGCCUGUUGGAACUGCCUUUUGACUUAAAUGGUGCUGGUGUUGAAAUUAAGCACUUUUCCUCCUGUUUUUGUGGCAGAUAAGAGAGUUUAGUUGUCAAAUGACUUUCAGCCCGUGUGAAUUAGACAUGAUGAGAGCAGGUGCUGCUGCCACUUUGUUUACUGAAGGUGAGCUGCCAUAUCAGUGCGUAUGCAGCCACCUGUUACAUGCUUUAGUGAGCUGGGCAUGCCUGUCUCUCCAAAGCUAGUUUUACAAAGAACAGACAAUCUGAUUGUUAACUUCACAUGAGCCACUAAUGUUUUAACUCCUGUUUCUCCAGAGUCCCUAAUAAGAUUGAGAUCGUUUUACAUUUACUCUCUAUCUUGUGUAAGUGUAUGUUUCAGAUUAGUGACCUCUUGUAUUUUAAAGGAGAGUUGGACACUUUGGGAUGAAUUACUAUUUUGCAGAGAUGAAAUGGUCGAUACAUCUCUCAUGUCUGCCUGCGCUAGGUAUGGAGCUAGAGCCACAGGUUGAUUAGCUUAGCUUAGCCUUAAUGCUUUUCCCCCCGGUAUCCUCUAAAACUAUAUUGAUUCUAACUUUCUGUAACUGACGCCAGAUCAGCUCCCUCAUAUUCAAAGGCUUCAUGUGAAUAUUGAAGUCAGAUUGCUGUUCUGUUCUGCUGCCACUUGCUCUGUGGGUUCGACUAACUAACACGGCCUUCCCUUAGUUUAGGCGUUGUUUAUACUAUUAAGCUAAUGCCAUAUCAGUGAAUAUGCACUAAUGCUGCCUCCACACAGAGCUGUGCCGGGGAUGGUGUGAUGAUGAGUGACUGAGUGUUCGUCCAUAGGCUGUCUGCUUCAUGCAUUCUCCUCAAAUACCUAAACAUCAAGAAGAUAAAUUAUUUAGUUAAUCUGGUUUAACUCUUUUUAGUAUUCUCUCAUUAUUUUUUGAUAAUUGAUGGAAACUGCUUUAGUAGCAGAUAGUCAGCAUACAUCCCACCUGCUGCCAUUUUCGUCUCACAUCAUUUUAGCAUUUCAAGUCAUACAUUUGGACACACAUGGAGUGGGUAACACUGGUCAGGUUCCAUCAGAUUUGGGGAGAACAUAAAAAAAACAUCCUGUGGUUUGUGCUGAAGAGUGAAUGAGUUGUUCUUUGCCUGUAUUGUUUAAGUCAAUGAGGAGUUUGUGUCAGUUGAGGAAAGUCAACAGGCUUUAAAAUGUUAAUGUCAUUUCAUCUUUUAAGGUUAAAAAGAGUGUUGUACUUGCAUUUUGACAUUAACUCCAAUUUAGUUUGAGAAGGGAUUGGAUUAGUAUAUUUAUUCAUGCAAUUAAGAGUGUCAAAUGAAUAUAAUAGUUAAAAGAAAAUACAUGUAUAUACUAAAGUUAAAUAUUCUGCUCUUGUCCUAUAACCAAAUUAACUCGCUCCAGAAAUGUCUCAACUCAAACUAACCCAUACUUCCUGCUGUUUGAAGCCGUUUCCUGUUUUAAAAUGUUGAUUGCAUUGUCCUAUGUUAAGACAUUUAUUUUUAUAUGAAGUUCAGAUGCCAUAUCAGUGUAUAUGUACUGACUCAUGCCGUCAGAAACGAAUGCCUUCUCUUCCUCCUGAUAGAGAUUUAUUUCUAUGUGAAAUGAUGUAACAUGUAACUAAUAUUUAGUUGCCAGACCAGUGAGUCUGCAUAAGUAUUGCUACAUAAAACUGCCGACUUGAGCUGUUUUCUGUGCUUGUACCAAUUAAAUAAAGCUAUACUGAAUGCAUUUUGUUGAGCUAUUCUUUCUGAGAAUGUAUUAUGAUUAAUCUAAAUUUUCUGCAGAGGUUUCCAACGUUGCGUUGCCA